AUGAUUGCAACUAGAGAUAAGAAAGAUGUGGAGCCGAGAUGCCUUCUACCAAUCCAAUCAAAAGUUGAUACCAAACUUUUGGAUGAAGCCAUUGAUGUCAUUAUUGUCCCAGAUGUAGCUGUGGCUUUAACAAGCUCUGAAUCAACUCCCACUGUCACAACCAUUGAUAUUGUUGCGCUUGCGCCCUUAACUUCACAAGUUGCCGAUCUAGUUUGUGUUCCUUUAGUGGAUGACUACCUUGAACCAUAUUCAGCUUGUGUUUCAAGGUCCAUAGAAACCCCUACUAUACCUACUCAAGUUACUAAGCUUGUUGAUAGCAAUCUACCAGCUUUGAUGGAUGAUGCUACUCUUACAUCCUUUGGCCAGCAUUCUGAUUCUGUUAUUACUCCACUUCCACCAGUCACUAAUGCGGCUGCGGAAGGUGAUGCUUAUGCUAUUAACCAGUUUACUGAUUUUGCAAUGGGAGCGUAUACAUGUGGAAGAGGAAACAACGGAAGACGUGGCCGAGGCCGUGGAUCGAAUGUCUAA